UGGUGACAGAUAUAAAUUAAAUUACCAUUGGUUAUUGGUUUGCCGUUUACUUGUUUCGAAAACAAAAAGUUUGCUUUGUUUUUCCUCUUCUAAAACACUGAUAUUUACACUCACAUCUUAAGUUUCAAGUGAAUCCCAAAAGUAAUUCUUUAUUACUAUGACGAGUGCGGACAGGAUUGAUUUUGAAAUGGAGGUAGAAGUGGAGAGUGCAUCAUCAGGACCUCCGGUAGAUGUGCCUAACCCAACUUCACCUGCUCCUCCGACGCCAGGCGGUAACAAAAGUGUAGUAGUUACAACUGCUACCGCUGGGUCAGUUACAGUUUCCUUGCAUCCAUUAGUUAUAAUGAAUGUCUCUGAACAUUGGACUCGUCUGCGUGCGCAAGAAGGUUCACCGCAAACCGUGGUUGGAGCACUGAUUGGUAAACAGAAGGGUCGCAACAUAGAAGUGAUGAAUUCGUUUGAGUUGGUGUUUAGUGCUAUUGAUGGUGACAUUGUUAUUGAUAGAGAAUAUUACAAUUUAAAGGAAGAGCAGUUUAAGCAGGUAUUUUCUGAUAUGGAUUUCCUUGGCUGGUAUACCACUGGUGAGGCACCCACAGAACGUGAUAUUGCAGUACACAGACAGAUAUGUGAUAUAAAUGAAUGUCCAGUGAUGCUUAUGCUCAAUCCAGCUGGUGUGAAUGGUGAACAAUUACCAGUAGUGCUAUAUGAAUCAGUGAUUGAUGUUGUGAAUGGUCGAGCAACAAUGCUGCUUGCUCCUCUCACAUACACUCUGGCUGCGGAAGAGGCGGAAAGAAUAGGAGUAGAUCAUGUGGCAAGGGUGUCUUCGGGUGAAGCAGCUCUCAACAGUUUAGUGGCGGAGCACCUGACAGCGCAGCGGUCCGCUAUCAAGAUGUUAGUGUCCCGCGUGCGCGCGGUGCUGGCGACUGUGCGCGCGAUACGUGACGGCUCGCUGCCGCCGCGACCCACGCUGCUGCGUGAGGCGCGUGCUCUCGCUAACCGCCUGCCCCUACUCACAUCGCAACAGUUCCGCACACAUUUUUAUAACCAAUGCAAUGAUGUGGCUCUGAUGACGUACCUGGGCACCAUCACCAAAGGCUGCAACGGUAUCAAUCAGUUAGUGAACAGGUUCAACGUGCUGUACGACAGGCAGGGGAUGGGUCGCCGCAUGAGGGGACUCUUCUUUUAGGGCGGUCGCUAAUAUUGUAGGAAUUAGAUGAAACGGAAACUGCUACAAAGUUAUACGUUUAAAUGAAUACUCUGUUUCCUCUAACUGUGGUCAUUAUAUGGUACAAUGUAACUGUUAAUUUCCAAUAUGACAUUUGUCGGACACUAUCUUAUUGCUAUCUCUGUUUAUUGCAAUGAGAAUGAGAUAUUUAGCAAUAUUUUAAUACAACUACAAUAUCUUCCGUCAUCAAAAGUAUAGUUCAUAUUGAAAGUUUAAAGAAAAAAUGAUUUACUAUACAUAAACUUUAUUAUCCGAGAGUAAUAUCUCCUAUUUCAUUUUGUCCCGAUUUAACGAUGCUUGUAUAGUCUGUAAUCAUUUUAAUCUUUGGAUGUGUGUACAGCCUUCAUGCGGACGACUCUCGCCAAUGACUGAAUGUUGUAAUUAAUGUUAAUAAAUGCUGGUAAUGCAUAAA